AUGCCCACCUGUAAAAGAAAAGACCGAGUCACAGGGAGUUCCAAAUUUGGUAAGAAAUCCAUAAAUAGACAAGUUACCUAGUUUCAAGCACUAAGCUUAACCAUAAAAUCAGAUCCAUCACAUAUUAACGUCUCGGAAAAAUAAAGAAAGAUAGAGAGAUGACUGAAGAAAGCCCAGAGGAGGAUCAUGAAUCUCCUGGAGUAGCCGAAACAAAUCUGGGAAGCCCAUCUUCAAAGAACAAUAAUAACAACAACAACAAAGAACAAGACCGGUUUCUCCCAAUUGCCAAUGUCGGAAGAAUUAUGAAAAAGGUUCUUCCCGGUAAUGGUAAGAUCUCGAAAGACGCCAAAGAGACCGUUCAAGAGUGCGUAUCAGAGUUCAUCAGUUUCGUUACUGGUGAAGCUUCUGAUAAGUGUCAAAGAGAGAAGAGGAAAACCAUCAAUGGAGAUGAUAUCAUUUGGGCCAUUACAACUCUCGGUUUCGAAGACUACGUGGCUCCGUUAAAGGUCUAUCUCAACAAAUACCGAGAAACCGAAGGAGAGAAAACCAAUAGCCCAAAACAAAGACAACAACAACAAGUACAACAGAAUCAUCAUUUCCAGUUCCAAGAACAAGACCAUAACAACAUUUCAUGUACUAGUUACAUGUCACAUCAUCAUCCUUCCACAUUCUUUCCCGCUGAUCAUCAACCUUUUCCAAAUCUGCCUUUCUCACCUAAAUCAUUGCAGAAACAGUUCCCGCAGCAGCAGCAUGACAACACUGAUUCCAUUGGACAAUGGUAAAGCAAAAAAAAAUUAAGAAACGGGAUUGGGUUUCCACGAUGCUGAUGCUCUAAGAACCCAUUAUUAACUUUUAGUUCUACAUCAUGUUUUAAACACAUUUUGUUUCACAUGUCUCUAUUUACAUAACUUAAUUAUUUUAUUUUCUAGAACCUCAUUUUAAGAAACUGGCCGAUAUUGUUGCUCUUAGGAUACAAGUUUCUUAUGUCUGAAAUAUGUAGCACAAAUUGUAAAACAAUAUAUUUUUUCUUUUGAGUAAAUU